UUGACCGCACCUGCAUCCAACCGAAACGACUCGGAGAUUUGCAUCGCCGCUUUUGAGGCAUAGCAUUAAUCGUUUACAUAGGAAUCGUUUGCUUCCCACCCAGUCCAGUAGCUUAACACUCGGAAGACACGAUGCCGGGCGACGAACCGAAGCCAGCGGGGAGCACCUCGCCCAUUGCGAGGGAGAAGCUCGAGGCCCAAAUUAAGAGCGCUGACAUGACCGAGGACAUGCAGCAAGAGGCCGUCGAAGUCGCUCAGGAAGCCAUGGCCAAGUUCACCAUUGAGAAGGACAUUGCCCAACAUAUCAAGAGAACCUUCGACGAGAGGAAGGGUCCCACCUGGCACUGCAUCGUGGGCCGCAACUUUGGCAGCUUCGUAACCCACGAGACCAAGCACUUUAUCUACUUCUACCUCGGCCACUGCGCGAUCCUGCUGUUCAAGACCCAGUAGGGAAGCGGCCUCCUCCGUUUUCUCUCGCGCCUGUGAAGUAACACCACAUCAUUCACAACGGCUGUCCAACCCUACCUAGCAGCGAGCGAACAUAAGAAAAGGAAACGGACGGAGGAUUGUCCCACGGCAGGCAACCCGGGCUGGCGAAGCAAAGCAACGACGCGCAACGAGAGGCGGCGAAGAAGCACCCCGAGAGCUCCGGGCUGGCCGGACGGAGAGGAGGAUUGCAUGUUGACAGACACGGCUACAUAGGUUAAAGCUUUCGUCGGCAAUUGUUGUACGUUUAGGCUGAGAUGAGGAGAAGGGGCAACGGCAUGCUUCGGAUCCCUCCAAUUGCGAAGCCAAUAGACCCAAACCCAGUUGCUACAUCCGGGGCCCCUUGGUUCCCUCGCCUUUU